UAUCGCGAAGCGCCCUCUGGAUAGAUCUUCAACGUCGAAAUUUCGAAAACCGUGCGACAUCGAUGGCAACAUCAAAAUCGAAGGUUAACAGAUAAAUUUUUACGUGAUACUCCGACGAUCAAGAAACUAAAUUCAUGGGAAGUGCACUUGAAACUUGAUAACAUUAUAUCGCGCUCAAAAGAAAAAAAAAAAAAAAAAGAAAAAAAGAAAUGGCGGAUGAACAAGAACUAUUCCUGAUCGAAUUUCUGGUCGAUAAGGUUAAAAUUCCAGUGAUAAGGGCCAUGCAGGAUGAAGUGCUGCCUGCUUGUACUUGCGUCUCGUUCCAAAUUCUGAACCUGCCGUCAAUCGACAUUUGCCAAGAAGCCCUGACAGAUAGUUGCGGCUGUUCGGAAGGCGACACGCAGGUGUUCAAGAAAGGGAAAUCCUGUUUAUUCGCGUUGCCAUCGAUCGUUCUUCAGAGGCCUUUAACCACAUUCCCCAUAAAACUGUCCGUCUACAAGAAACUGCCACCGGCAGUGCUGCCGGACGUGAUGCUUGUUGGCUGUCAUCAGAUCGAAGCGAAGGCGAUAAUAAACGCGGUGCUGAGCCAACAGGUGUUCAAAGUACCGAAUCCUUGUCAAACGAUCAAGGACACGUUCAAGAUCGCCACAGCGACCGGGCAAUGCGUUGGAUCCGUCACAGUUUACAUACGUGCUUCCUGCUUCGGCAAGAAGAUCAUUACCCAGUUUCAAAUACCGCACAAUAGAAAACCGUAUCUUUUUAAAGGGACGAACGACAGUCCUGUCUUCCAGUGUAAAAUGAUACCCUCCGAAUGUUACACGCCGGCUCCAUUGAAGUGUACCUGUACGAAGAAGUGUGUCGAUGGUAGCGGAGAGUCUGCAGGAAGAACCUGUUGUGCCACGCCGAUCGUUCAGACGUCUUCGUGCCCACCGUUACCUAAACAACCUGAUUACGGGCCACGGCCGUGCUGCGCCUCCCGCCAACCAUCUUCUGGGAAACAAUGCCCAUGUUCAUCGAAAGUACGACGAAAAGAUCAAACAGCUUCUCCAUGUUGCUGUUCUGAGCCAAUCUCUAGUUUUCGCGCCUCUCUUCGUCAACAAACAGCAGAAGGGAAGUGCAGCCCGUGUGCAGAGCCGGAUCCUUGUCCACCUUGUUGCUUAACGACAGGAUUCAAACCAUUUAGCGAUUUGCUUGGCAAGGAAACCGUGAAAAAAUGUGGAUGCCCCGUGAAAGAUUUCAGUUGCAACUGUGGUAAAAAGAAAUAAAAAGGGAAAUUUCCUUUUUCUGGAGAGUGAUGUAAGAGAGAAUGUAAAGAGAAUGAUGUGCCAAGCAGUAACGAUAAUUUUAUUUUAUUUGUCGAAUGACAGAUAAAAGUGAAAUUGCCUCUUAAUAGCGCUUUUGUUUCCACACAUAACCUUGGGGAAAUCAUCCACAUUUCCUAACUCAACC